CGAAAAAAGAAAAAGAAGAAAAUUCAAUAAAGAAAGGCGAGGAAAAGGAAACGAAGAAACGGAGGGGCCUUCAUGUGUGUCUUCGGACUUCUGAUGGUUAGGGGCUUUUAGUCGAUUUUCCUCUAUAAUCAAAUCAGGUAUCUACAAUAAACCCUAAAAUUCUCUCAAUCGUUUCAUCUUCAGAUUCUCUUGAUUCGUUUUAUUUUACUGUUUCUCUCGAAGUCGACGAUGGUUGCUUCCAUUGCUAACGGCGACGAUGGAUUGAAGAAGCUCGAGUACUUAUCCCUUGUCUCCAAGGUAUGUUCUGAGCUCGAAACUCAUUUAGGGUUUGGAGAUAAAGUCCUUGCUGAGUUCAUAACCGAGAUGGGCCGGAGCUGUGAGACGGUGGAUGAGUUCGAUGCCAAAUUGAAAGAGAACGGUGCCGAGAUGCCCGAUUACUUUGUUCGGUCGCUCCUGAGGAUCAUUCACCUAAUUCUUCCUCCGCAGAAGGGUGACAAUGAUAAGGAGUUGAAGAAGGAGAAAGAAUCAGAUGGGAAGAAGGGCAAGUUUCGGGCAUUGGCCAUUGGCGAUGAUAGGGAGAGAGCUAAGGAGCUUGAGAAGGAGAUUGAAUUGGAGGCUCACCAGAAGCGUGGGGACAGAGAGGUAGAAGGUGAUCGAUACAAAGGGAGGGCAGGGGACAGAGGAAGAGAUAGAGAUAGAGACAGAGGUAGGGAUAGGGAUAGAAGAGACGGAGAUAGAGACAGAGACAGAGAUAGAGAUAGGUACCGGGAUCGGGAUUGGGAUCGAGAUAAGGAUAGAGAUAGGCACAGGGAUAGAUGUGAAAGGGAUGAGAGACAUGGUGGUAGGGAUCGUGAUGAUGAUGGCGAUGAUGAUUAUCGGAGAAGUGGAAGGCAAAGGGAUCGGAACAGGAGAAAUGGGUAUGAAGAAAAUAAGAGUUACAGGGGGGAUGCAGAAGAUGGUAAUGGGAAUUGGAGAGGUGAUAGGGAUAAUCUUACACAAAAUGGGCGACACCGGCCAAUCGAUCACGAACCUGAAUUAUACAAGGUCUACAAGGGUAGAGUUUCCAGAGUGAUGGACACGGGUUGCUUUGUCCAGUUGAAUGAUUUUAGAGGCAAGGAGGGUCUGGUUCAUGUUUCUCAGAUUGCUACUAGAAGAAUUAGCAAUGCCAAGGAUGUUGUAAAGCGGGAUCAAGAGGUCUUUGUCAAAGUCAUUUCAGUUUCAGGGCAAAAGUUGAGCCUUUCUAUGAGGGAUGUGGAUCAGCAUUCUGGUAAGGAUUUGCUUCCGUUAAAGAAAAAAGAUGCUGAUGACGGUCCUAGAAUGAAUCCUUCAGAUACAAAGGAUGAUGGUCCAGUGGUUAGGACUGGCCUUUCUGGAAUUAAGAUUGUGGAAGAUGAUGUUACUGUCCCUUCACGCAGGCCUUUGAAGAGAAUGAGCUCACCUGAGAGAUGGGAAGCCAAACAACUGAUUGCUUCUGGGGUUUUGAGUGUAAGUGAAUAUCCUUCUUAUGAUGACGAGGGAGAUGGGUUAUUAUAUCAAGAAGAGGGUGCUGAAGAAGAGCUUGAGAUUGAAUUGAAUGAAGAUGAGCCUGCAUUUCUGCAAGGUCAGAGCAGAUACUCAAUUGACAUGUCACCAGUGAAGAUAUUCAAAAAUCCAGAAGGAUCUCUGAGUCGGGCAGCUGCACUUCAAUCUGCACUCAUUAAGGAGCGUAGAGAAGUUCGUGAGCAGCAGCAAAGGACCAUGCUCGAUUCGAUUCCAAAGGAUCUUAAUCGACCUUGGGAAGACCCUAUGCCAGAGACUGGUGAGAGGCAUCUUGCACAGGAGCUCAGAGGCGUUGGCUUGUCGGCCUAUGACAUGCCCGAGUGGAAGAAGGAUGCCUAUGGAAAAGAUAUUAGUUUUGGGCAGAAGUCGAAGCUAUCUAUCCAGGAACAGAGGCAGAGUUUACCCAUUUACAAGCUGAAGAAAGAACUGAUUCAAGCCGUUCAUGAUAAUCAAGUACUUGUUGUCAUUGGUGAGACUGGUUCAGGUAAGACAACCCAAGUAACUCAAUAUCUUGCUGAAGCUGGAUACACAACAUCUGGCAAAAUUGGGUGUACUCAACCACGUAGGGUGGCUGCAAUGUCUGUCGCAAAGAGGGUUGCUGAAGAGUUUGGAUGUCGCUUAGGAGAGGAAGUUGGAUAUGCAAUUCGUUUUGAGGAUUGUACCGGACCUGAUACUGUGAUCAAGUAUAUGACUGAUGGUAUGCUUCUUAGGGAGAUUUUGAUUGAUGAUAACUUGUCUCAGUACUCGGUAAUUAUGCUUGAUGAAGCUCAUGAGAGAACAAUCUUCACUGAUGUUCUUUUUGGGUUGCUGAAGCAACUUGUGAAAAGGAGACCUGACCUUCGACUGAUUGUCACAUCUGCUACUUUAGAUGCCGAAAAAUUUUCAGGAUAUUUCUUUAAUUGUAAUAUUUUUACAAUUCCUGGGCGAACUUUCCCUGUGGAGAUCCUCUAUACUAAGCAGCCGGAGACUGAUUAUCUCGAUGCUGCUUUAAUCACUGUCUUGCAGAUCCACUUAACAGAGCCUGAAGGUGACAUCCUUCUUUUCUUGACUGGUCAGGAGGAGAUUGAUUUUGCAUGUCAGUCUCUAUAUGAGAGAAUGAAAGGACUCGGAAAGAAUGUUCCUGAGUUAAUUAUUCUACCAGUAUAUAGUGCCUUGCCCAGUGAAAUGCAGUCCAGGAUUUUUGAACCUGCUCCUCCUGGUAAGAGGAAAGUUGUCGUGGCUACUAACAUUGCCGAGGCUUCCCUGACAAUAGAUGGAAUCUUUUAUGUUAUUGAUCCUGGGUUUGCUAAACAGAAUGUAUAUAACCCAAAGCAAGGGCUUGAUUCUCUUGUUAUUACACCAAUCUCACAAGCAUCGGCCAAACAACGUGCUGGGCGUGCUGGGCGAACAGGUCCUGGAAAAUGUUAUCGCCUCUAUACUGAGAGUGCUUAUCGUAACGAGAUGUCUCCUACAACAAUACCAGAAAUUCAGAGAAUUAAUCUUGGUCAUACUACUCUUACUAUGAAAGCAAUGGGGAUAAAUGAUCUUCUGUCAUUUGAUUUUAUGGAUCCACCUUCACCCCAAGCUCUAAUUUCAGCAAUGGAACAACUUUACAGUCUAGGGGCACUUGACGAAGAAGGACUUCUGACUAAGUUGGGUAGAAAAAUGGCUGAAUUUCCUUUAGAUCCACCUUUGUCAAAGAUGCUACUAGCUAGUGUGGAUCUUGGAUGCAGUGAUGAGAUUUUGACCAUAAUUGCAAUGAUUCAGACUGGAAAUAUCUUUUACAGGCCACGGGAAAAACAAGCCCAGGCUGAUCAGAAAAGGGCAAAGUUUUUCCAGCCAGAGGGAGAUCAUCUGACUUUGCUUGCAGUUUAUGAGGCGUGGAAAGCCAAAAACUUUUCAGGCCCUUGGUGUUUUGAGAAUUUUGUUCAGUCUCGAUCCUUGAGGAGAGCGCAGGAUGUGAGAAAACAACUUCUUUCAAUUAUGGACAAGUACAAAUUGGAUGUGGUGAGUGCUGGCAAGAACUUCACACAGAUAAGGAAGGCAAUUACAGCAGGGUUCUUUUUCCAUGCAGCCAGAAAGGAUCCUCAAGAGGGUUAUCGGACCCUAGUUGAGAACCAACCAGUUUAUAUCCAUCCGAGCAGUGCGUUAUUCCAAAGACAACCUGACUGGGUCAUAUACCACGAGCUGGUCAUGACAACAAAAGAAUACAUGCGUGAAGUGACAGUCAUAGACCCCAAAUGGCUUGUUGAAUUAGCUCCAAGAUUCUUCAAAGUUGCAGAUCCUACAAAGAUGAGUAAGCGAAAGCGACAAGAGCGGAUUGAGCCACUCUAUGACAGAUAUCACGAACCGAACUCUUGGCGUUUGAGUAAGAGACGAGCUUAAUUAAUGUGUCUUUUUCCUGUGCCAUAUUUGCCUGACUAUGUAGGUUUUAAGGCUUGCCAUAAAAUGUAUAUAUCCUGUUGUAUAAUCUCGAGGGUAAAGCCAUUAAAAGAUCGUGGCAUUUAUAUAUCAGGAAAGUUUUGCCUUCCUCCACUACCUAUCGAUCAUUGAGUUAUGAUUCAUCGUUUUGAAUCUUUUGAUAAUUCUUUUUGCCUCCGCGCUGGACUUCACUAAUAGAACCAUUUUUAUUUUCUCGAUUAUUAGUUAAAUUAUAAAAUUGUAAUGGUGUCUUUGUGUAGACCCUUCAAAAAAGAGAAGUUAUUUACCUUGUCGAUA